UCAAAUUAUAGAAAAGUAAUAUACAAGGCUAAGAAUUGGCGUGCUGCCAAUUUGCUGUCCAAAUCGUAUAAAAAAUAUCGUCAAGGCGAACACAAACACUCCGACAAAGCUUUGAAAAUAAACUCAACCCUUGAAAUUCUCUUUCCUUUCUACGCCUCAAUUAUGUUGAUUUUUGAUUGAGCAGUGAUUCCAAUUAACCUUCGUAUUGAGCUUUGACUGUGAAUGGACACUGAUGUGGAGAAGGUUUACGUUGCUGUUGGCAACGAUUUGCAGGAUGGACUCAAGACUUUGGCUUGGACUCUUGCAAAGUUUGAGUCUCAGCCAUUCUCCAUUGUCAUUCUUUAUCUUACCUAUGACAUCUCCAGGGAUCUUGUUUACACCCCGCUUGGCUGCAAGCUUCCUGCAACUUCUGUCAGUGAUGAGGUGCUGGAAGAUCGUCGGAAGCAUGAAGAAGGGAAGAUUGAAGAGUUACUCUCCAAGUAUAAAGCUUUCUGUGCCAAGGUAAAAGCUGAGACUCUGAAAAUUAGAAAAAGCGACGAACCUGUUCAUAAACUGUUGUUAGAUUUGAUCUCAGAACUCAGAAUAACCAAACUUGUGAUGGGAAUUGCUUUCAUGAAAUCCCCAUCAGGAUCAGGUCAUUUCAUCAUCUUCAGGAAAUCAAGAAGUGCGAUUAGUGGGUCGUUCUUUGUCCACCUACACAAGCCUGAAUACUGUGAAUUGUUCAUAAUAUGUGGAGGGAAACUUGUGUUCCUUAAGGGAAAUAACGAGGAAGGAGUAAUGGAGGAUGAUCAAGGAGUCAGACUUGCAAGAAUGAGAGGCAACUUAAGAAGUAGAUUAACUAAAAUAUUCACAGAAAAUUAUUCUAUGGGAAGAUCGUCUCACUUACCAAAUUCACCAAGAAACUUGGACUCCCCUGAUUCACAGAAUAACUGGGAAAACCAUGUCCAGGAGAUAGAAAAUUAUUUCUACCAAUUGAUGUCUUUGAACUUAGAUGAAGCAAAUCCUGAAGCUGAGUAUGAAGUUCUGCAAACAAGUCCAAUGGAAGCAAUUUUGGUAGAACUUGAGGACUCUAAUAUGAGUGUUGCAGAAAAAGUGGAAUCUCUGAAAAGUAAACUAAAGGAAGCUGAGGAGAUGAUCCAGCUGCAUAGGAAAGAGGCGAAAACCAACACUGAAAGAUGCAAAAAAGCUCAAUGGGCUAUAUGUUUAUGCACCACCAGUGCUGAGAAACUUGAAAGUCUAAGAAAAGAAGAGCUGGCAAGUCGUUUAGAAUUACAGGAAAAUUUAGAUGAUGAGAAAGAACAACUGUAUGAAAUCACAAGAGAUGUAGAGGAGAGCAAAAAAAGAUUGAGUUCAGUUUCGGAACUCCUAUCCGAGCUGUCAAACAAGCUUCAAUUGUCAACAAUAGCAAAAGGGCAUGCGGAGAAACAAUUGGAGAGGGAGGUGACUGCAAGAGCGGAAAUGGUUAGAGAGAUUGAGGAGCUGAGACGACAACGAGAUGUUCUUCAUCGUAGAAUCGAGUUUUGUAAAGAGAAAGAUGCCAUUGCAAUGGUCACAAGGUCUAGUGAUGAACUGAUAAGCUGUGGUUAUAAAGAGUAUGCAGCUGAGGAGAUUAGAGUGGCCACUGAUGAUUUUUCUGAACAUUUGAGAUUGAAGCGUGGUGAAGAUUGGACAAAUGUGUAUCGAGGACGAAUUCAUUUUUCAUCUGUUGCCAUCAAAAUGCUCAGCUCAGGAUUGUCCCAUGAUGACUUCCAGGCUACGGUGAAGCUUCUUACAAACAUUAGACAUCCUCAUUUGGUUGCCAUAAUGGGUUUCUGCUCGGACCUAAGAUGUAUAGUUUUGGAGUAUAUGCACAAUGGUAAUUUAAGGGACAUUUUAUUUACCUCUAAAAGGAACUACAGCAAACAUGGACGGGCUCUUUGGUGGGCCGACCGGAUUCGCAUUGCUCAGGAAGUUUGCUCGGCUGUCGGUUUCCUCCACUCGGCAGAGCCCAGGCCCAUUGUCCAUGGCCACCUCACACCAUCAAAUAUCCUCCUUGAUCGCAAUCUUGUUGCAAAGAUUAGUUGUGCUGGGUUGGGAAGGUUUAGUGAUCAAUGCGAUGAAAGAUUGGAUGUUCGAGCAUUUGGGGUGGUGUUGCUGCAUCUUUUAGCAGGGAGGAAUUGGGCCGCACUACUUGAGGAGGCAACGAUGUUGGAUCAGACGGCCCUGGUCCAAGUUUUGGAUGAGAUGGCUGGACGCUGGCCCUUGGAUUUGGCAAAGGAUAUGGCCAGGAUAGCAAUGAAAUGUUUGUCAGUAUGCCAAGAGGCCCAUAAAGAUCUGAGAAUUACAAGUGUAACGAAAGAGCUUCAUGAAUUGAGGAAAAAGGCUGAUGGUUUGGCAGCAAGAGGAGUUAGUAAGGAGGUGACUGAUACUUUUGCAAAUAAAGAAGAAGAUUCAACUGAUAUUCCCAGGGUUUUUCUGUGCCCUAUAUUUCAGGAAGUAAUGAAAAAUCCACAUGUAGCAGCAGAUGGAUUUUCUUAUGAGUUGGAAGCAAUGGAGGAAUGGCUGGGAACGGGACAUGACACUUCUCCAAUGACAAAUCUAAGACUUGACCACAAAUUCCUCACCCCUAACCUUACCCUUCGUUCCCUCAUUCAAGAUUGGCUCAACAAAGACCCAACUGUUUCUUCUUAAAAUAACACACUAAAGUUUUAUAUUCUCUCUUCAAAUUUCAUCUGGUUAUUCUUAUCUUCCCCAAUUGCAUUGAGCAACUGGCCAAGGUUUUGUUUAAAGAUUUAUCUGCCAAAGAAUAUACUUAAAGAAUGUUUUAGCUUUGUAUAUAGUAAGAAUCAAUCAUGUUUUUCAAUUACAAGGACAAAUUUCCCAGGGGCGAAAACAAAUAGGUUACAAAUA